AUGCUGCCCUCUGGGUUGGUGCAAGUGCACCCUGGUCCUGACUCGGAUGUUCAAAACGCGACCGAAAUGUGGUGCGGAUACAAUCGGUUCCCUCUCAGACUCCCUAAGCAGACCAGCUCACGAGACUUCCGCGAACCAAGGAUACUGCCACCCACGUGGGAAAAGUCACGCAGCGGUUCACCUUUCUUACCUCCGUAUCCAGUUGCAGUCCUUGGACGUGACACCACGGAAGACAAGCGCCAAGCUGCACCAAGACCUCCUCUCCAACACCUUGACGAGCGAUUCCAAACGCCAGAGAUCAAUGUUUCACGCAGUCGAGCCGCCAUCCAAAACGGCGAGCCCGGACGAGUUCGAGGCUCGAUGGAUUGGCCAGUACUUAGCCCGACUAUGACGGCCACCACAGCUCCCGAUCGCAAGCAAUCAGUUUAUUCGAAGGGAUUCCCGGCGCCGAACACGGAGAAGAAGGAGCACAACCGCAAAGGAUAUCUCCUUCGCCAGGCGCGCAAGAUGAUGCGAGACGGCGGCUCUAAUUCAACGACAACACCUCCAGACUCGGACACAUCUGCAUCAACCAAGCAGCGCAAGACACGAACGAAGAUUACAAUUCCGGCCGCUGGAGGCGGACGUCGUCGCCGACUCAAACCAAAACUGCCCAAGGACAAGUGA